GGUUGGGGUCUUUCCUGAGUGAGUGUCGCGCGGUUGCCAUGCAGUCGCGCUCCUUCGUCUGAGCGAGGUUUAGAGAGAGAGCGGGAUUAAACCCGGAGUCAAAACUGGGAGAGAGCGGGAUUAAACCCGGAGUCGAAUACUUCUAUCAUGGAUACGGACUUGUAUGAUGAAUUUGGUAACUAUAUUGGACCAGAAUUGGACUCUGAUGAGGAAGAUGGAAUAGCUAGGGAUGAUGAUGUGGAUGAGGAGGACGACGAUGAUGAAGAAGCUGGAGAUCAGGAUGAUGAUAAUGUUGGAAUGGAAGUGGUGUUACAUGAAGAUAAGAAGUAUUACCCCACAGCAGAAGAGGUGUAUGGACCUGAGGUAGAAACAAUUGUCCAAGAAGAGGAUACUCAACCUCUCACAGAACCAAUCAUUAAACCUGUCAAGAAAAAGAAGUUUACGUUGAUGGAGCAGGAGUUACCAGAAACAGUAUAUGAUAUGGAGUUUCUUGCAGAUUUAAUGGACAAUUCUGAACUUAUUCGAAACAUUACUCUCUGUGGGCAUUUGCAUCAUGGGAAGACAAAUUUUGUUGAUUGCUUAAUUGAACAGACUCACCCAGAGAUUCGUAAAAAGGAUGACAGAGAUCUUCGCUACACUGAUAUACUUUUCACGGAGCAGGAGAGGGGAGUAGGUAUAAAGAGUACACCAGUCACAAUGGUACUUCCAGAUUCUAAGGGCAAAUCCUACCUCUUCAACAUCAUAGAUACUCCAGGUCAUGUAAACUUCUCUGAUGAGGUUACAGCCGGUUUCAGGAUCUCUGAUGGCAUGGUGCUUUUCAUCGAUGCAGCAGAGGGGGUAAUGCUGAAUACAGAGAGAUUGAUUAAACAUGCAGUACAGGAGAAGCUAGCUGUCACUGUUUGUAUCAAUAAAAUAGACAGACUCAUUCUGGAGCUAAAGCUGCCUCCGACUGAUGCAUAUUACAAACUACGUCACAUUGUGGAUGAAGUUAAUGGAUUGCUUAGUGUCUAUUCAACAGAUGAAAACCUGAUUGUUUCCCCUCUGUUGGGCAAUGUUUGCUUUGCUAGUUCUCAAUACAGUAUUUGCUUCACCCUGGGAUCAUUUGCCAAGAUUUAUGCUGAUACAUAUGGGGACAUUAACUAUAUGGAGUUUGCAAAGCGUCUGUGGGGUGACAUUUACUUUAACCCAAAAACACGGAAGUUCACCAAGAAGGCACCGACCAGCAAUUCUCAGAGAAGUUUUGUGGAGUUCAUUCUGGAACCUGUUUACAAGAUCCUUUCUCAGGUUGUUGGUGAUGUAGACACCACUCUGCCACGUACAUUGGAUGAGCUUGGUAUUCAUUUGACAAAGGAGGAAUUAAAGCUCAACAUCAGGCCAUUGCUGCGGCUCGUCUGCAAGAAAUUUUUUGGUGACUUUACAGGGUUGGUAGAUAUGUGUGUGCAACACAUCCCAUCCCCACAGUCCGGUGCAAGGAAUAAAAUUGAGCAUACAUAUACAGGUAGCCUGGAUUUGGAUCUUGGCGAAACUAUGCUUGAAUGUGAUCCUGAUGGCCCUUUGAUGUGCCACACCACUAAGAUGUACAGCACAGAGGAUGGAGUACAAUUCCAUGCAUUUGGUAGGGUGUUGAGUGGAACCAUUCAUGCUGGGCAGCCAGUGAAAGUACUUGGAGAGAACUACACACUGGAGGAUGAAGAAGAUUCACAAAUUUGCACAGUGGGUAGGCUGUGGAUUUCAGUUGCAAGGUAUCAUAUAGAAGUUAACAGAGUUCCAGCUGGUAACUGGGUGCUCAUAGAAGGAGUAGACCAACCCAUUGUAAAGACAGCAACCAUCACAGAACCAAGAGGCAAUGAUGAGGCUCAGAUCUUCAGGCCUCUCAAGUUUAAUACAGCAUCUGUCAUUAAAAUUGCUGUGGAACCAGUCAACCCAUCUGAGCUUCCGAAGAUGUUGGAUGGUUUAAGAAAGGUUAACAAAAGCUAUCCAUCACUAACUACUAAGGUGGAAGAGUCUGGAGAGCAUGUAAUACUGGGGACUGGAGAACUUUAUCUGGACUGUGUAAUGCAUGACCUUAGGAAGAUGUAUUCUGAAAUUGAUAUAAAGGUAGCUGACCCUGUUGUAACAUUCUGUGAAACUGUUGUGGAAACCUCAUCUUUGAAAUGUUUUGCAGAGACACCCAACAAAAAGAAUAAGAUCACAAUGAUUGCAGAACCCCUGGAGAAAGGUUUAGCAGAAGAUAUUGAGAAUGAAGUUGUCCAAAUUACCUGGAACAGGAAAAAACUGGGUGAAUUUUUUCAGACAAAGUAUGAUUGGGAUUUAUUGGCUGCCCGUUCCAUUUGGGCUUUUGGACCUGACACAACAGGCCCGAACAUUUUGGUUGAUGAUACAUUGCCAUCAGAGGUGGAUAAAGCACUUUUAGGUUAUGUGAAAGAUAGCAUCGUCCAGGGAUUCCAGUGGGGAACUCGAGAAGGACCACUUUGUGAUGAGCCAAUACGCAAUGUGAAAUUCAAGAUACUUGAUGCGGUAAUAGCUCAGGAGCCAUUGCACAGAGGUGGAGGACAAAUUAUUCCUACAGCCAGACGAGUAGUGUAUUCAGCUUUCCUGAUGGCCACACCUCGUCUGAUGGAGCCUUAUUACUUUGUGGAGGUGCAGGCACCAGCAGACUGUGUUUCAGCAGUUUAUACAGUCUUGGCUAGAAGGAGAGGCCAUGUGACACAGGAUGCACCAAUCCCAGGUUCUCCACUUUAUACAAUCAAAGCAUUUGUACCAGCUAUUGAUUCAUUUGGCUUUGAGACAGACCUGCGGACACACACACAGGGGCAAGCUUUCUCUCUCUCAGUCUUUCACCAUUGGCAGAUUGUACCUGGUGAUCCCUUGGACAAAAGUAUCAUUAUCAGACCCUUGGAACCACAACCUGCACCUCAUCUGGCCAGAGAAUUCAUGAUCAAAACAAGGAGGAGAAAGGGCCUCAGUGAAGAUGUCAGUAUCAGCAAAUUUUUCGAUGAUCCCAUGUUGCUGGAACUUGCAAAGCAGGAUGUGGUUCUCAAUUAUCCCUUAUAACGAAAGCAGCAGUUUCUGCAAGUAAGGACCAACUACUUACAUCCCUCACAGGACUCUGUACGUUGUAUGCUCAGUCACACUGAUGGCAUCAGCUGAAAUCGUACAAUAUGGAAUGAAAAAACCUGAAUGUGAGCUGAUCUGAACUUUAUAUUUUAGCUUUGCAGGUGAAUUGUUUU